AUGCAACAUCAGCUUGUUUUAUAUUUUCGACGUUUAGCUAUACGUAUAUUAACACAUUCACUUUUUAGUACAUUGGUUAUGCUUACUAUUUUAACUAAUUGCAUAUUUAUGACACUUAAGAACGUACCAGAAAUGAAUGAAUAUGUAACAUUUUUUAUUGAUUUCGAAAAUGUUGCAGUAUUACGAACAUUUCGUGUAUUAAGAGCAUUAAAAACUGUUGCAGUUGUACCUGGCUUAAAAACAAUUGUUAAUGCUUUAAUACAAUCUUUUAUUUCUCUACGAGAUGUAUCUGUUUUAUCAAGUUUUAUUCUUUCUAUAUUUGCUUUGAUCGGCUUACAACUUUAUAUGGGUGUUCUUCGACAAAAAUGUGUGCCAACUUAUGAAUCUUUUCUAAAUAAUUCUAAUAUUUCUAGUAUUAAAUCUAAUAUGACAUAUGCAAUCUAUCUGAAAGAAAUUGAUAAUGAAAUUAAUUGGUAUAAAGAAAAUGAUAUUUUUCUUCUUUGUGAAAAUGCAAGUGGAAGUACAAAAUGUCCUUCAGAUUAUAUUUGUUGGAAAGAUCGAGGCAUGAAUUUUGAUAAUUAUGGUUGGGCUAUGCCUGCAUGUUUUCGAUUAAUGACACAAGAUUAUUGA